AUGUUUGCGAAUAGACUUUUGUUGAAAGCAGGACUAUACAAUAGAAAGCCAAUCACAAGAGCAUUUACUUGCCUUAGACCAACAUUCUCCAGAUACUUCUCAACUGGAAUCAAGGGUACAAGUGGAGAUAGCGAGACUAUUAUUGAAGAUCAAAACUUCUAUAAUCCAACGAAGACGAUUGAUCUUAGUGGGGGAAGUUUCACUGUUUUUGAUAAUAUUAAAGCAAGUGAAGGAAAGCAUGUCCUUCCUUAUGAGGUAAAGGAGACCAUUACCAAGAACUCUAUUGGGAUCAUUGUCAGCAUGAUCAUUGAGAACUCUUUGAUUCCAAUGUACUUCAUCCCUUCCACAUACUUCGCUAUCAAUAUGCUCUACAGAGUGUCUCAGUACAUGACACGUGCUGUGAAUCAAGUUGUCCUGCUCAAGUGAGGAACUAAGGUUCAAGUUUCCUUCAAAUUAGGAGGUUCUGAGACUUGGAAUAUUAACGACAUUCGCAAAAAUAUCGAUGAGAAAGCACUUGUUGAGACCUUUGCUGAGCCUUAUCUCUUCCCAAUCACAGUCAGAAACAAGGGAACUUACUAUCUCUAUGGGCAUGGACAUUCUGCUAUCAAGGAUGGAGAAAUAUUCAGAGCAGUCAUAAAUGGAAGAAGUAUCUCGCUUGAUUAA